UAAGCGGUCAAGUCAAGUCUUAACAUCAAUCAAUCAUGAAGUUCACGGCUCUGUUCACGGUGGUGAUGGCGGUGCUCGCCAUGUUCUUCGGAGCUGGCCACGCCGACCCUGCGCCUAAAGUCCCUGUCAAGCAAAUAGGCAAAGCCAUUAAAACCGGUCUUGGAGUGGUCAGCGCUGUGGGAACUGCCCGCGAGGUCUACAACCACAUCAAGAACCGAGGCUGAAAUGGACGAAGACACCUAAUUAUAUUAUUUAUUACCUAUUUAAGUUUCUAUUUAUGAUCAUAUUUGU